AUGGCGAAAAAAGGUAAAUUGAAAAUAAGCAAAAUUAAAAGAACCAAUCAUACGACGAACAAAAUGAAGAAGUCUGGGAAAUUAAAACUUCAGCGACAUAAACCAAAAGUACAGAAACAACGUCAGACUGUUAAAUCUCAACCGGAGUACAGCAGUGAGAGUGAGGAGUCAAAUGAUGAGUGGGCAGACAUGUUGGAUGACGAGGAGCAGAAAUACAUAUUGACAAGGCUUGCAAAACAACCCCAAUUGCUAUCUAACAUACCCGCAGAGGAAGCAAAAGAACAAUCUAAAAAGAGAAAACGAAGUAGAGUCAAAGUACAGAAACAUGAUAAAGGCGAUAGUGGUGCGGACAGUGGUAGUGAAGUUGAAGAAAAGUAUGAAGAAGAGAUAGCUGAGAGGCCUUCUAAAAAACUUCGCCCACUCUUACCAAUUAAAACUAAAGAUGGUUUAUUAGAAAGAGCUGAAGAAGUGAAUGAAUCUGAAGUGGAACAGCAAUCAGACAGUGAAGAACUGGAAUUAGAAGAAUCCGAUAAUGAGGCUGAGGCAGAAUCUGAUUCAGGGUUGGACCCUGGAGAAGAGGAGGGUAGAGUGAUAACAGCAGUGGAAUUACUAGCAGCCCGUAGGGAUAAAUUGCAACACGAAAAGUUGCGCAUUGGAGCACUCUGCUCAUCAUUGCUUGAGAGUCCUGAGAAAAAGUUAAAAAACCUGUAUCCUGUCUUGUACCUAAUGGAAGAUAAACUGAAGGAUGGUACCUUGAAUUUACUGUCGGUAAGGAAAUUAGCUACAGUAUCUGCUGCUGAAGUAUUUCGAGACAUUCUACCAGAAUACAGAAUCAGGCAUCAAGACUAUUCAGAUAUUAAGUUAAAGAAGGACACACUGGCUCUAUACAAAUAUGAAAAAGAACUUCUGGAAUUCUACAAACGGUAUCUUGUGCGAGUGGAAAAAGCAGCCAAUUUACUUAGAACUAGAAGAGGCGACAAUCGCAAGCUAGACGCGUCGACCACAAGCCUUGCAGUUUUAUCACUUCGCUCGAUGUGUAAUCUUUUGGAAGCAAAACCUAAUUUCAACUAUUCCACAAACAUCGCACAGAGUGUCGUACCCUUCCUUGACUCCCGAGAGCCGAUCGCUAGGAGCAUUGUGACCGAAUGCUGUUGUAAUGUCUUCAAGGAGGAUAAAAAAGGAGAAAUUACUUUAGACAUAGUUCGUCUGAUAAAUCAACUAGUGAAACGCCGAGGUGAAAGGUUACACCCUUCCGCACUGGACUGUCUUCUCUCUCUGAAAAUAGCUGACGUUCAACUCGACGCCGAAACAGAUAUAAAGCUGAAGAAGAAACAAGAUGAGAAGCACAAGAAGCGGAUAGUCAACCUAUCAAAAAAGGAGAAAAAGCGAGCAAAGAAACUAAAAGAAGUCGAGCACGAGCUCCUCGAGACGGAAGCAAAGGAGAACGAAGCCGCGAGGCAGAAGCAACUGACCGAGGUGACGCGCCUCGCCUUCCACAUUUACUUUCGCUUGCUCAAGACCUCACCGCGCUCGCAACUAUUGGCUGCUGUGCUACAAGGACUGGCCAAGUUCACGCACGUGAUAAACCUGGAGUACUAUAGCGACCUGGUGGCCAUCCUGACCGCCCUCGUGCGCGACGAGCUCGUCGACACGCGGUCCCGCCUCCUCUGCGUGCGGACCGUACUAGCGAUGCUGUCGGGCGCAGGCGACGCGCUCAACAUCGACCCGCACCACUUCCACGAGCAUCUGUACGCGAACGCGAUUAAUGUUCACGCCGCAUCGAACGAGACCGAGAACCGCCUCGUAAUAGAAGCUAUUGCAGCGGUUUGCGGGCGAAUCAGGCGCGUCUCUAGUAGCGUGUUGCUCGCAUUCAGCAAACGCCUGGGUACGAUCGCCGUGCAGCAGCAGCAUCACGCGGCAUUGGCUGCACUAGCUUUGCUGCAUCAACUGACACAGCAAAACAAAGGCGUGUCAGCAUUAUUUGACACGGAGGAAACGGUCGGUUCGGGCAAAUUCGACCCGUUUGCGAGUUCGCCCGAACAUUGCGGCGCGCACGCAGCUGUGUUGUUCGAGUUGACAGCACUCUCGCGCCACUACCAUCCUACAACUAGCCGGGCAGCUACAGCUUUGCUGACUGGCGGAGGCUUGCCCAGUGAACUACAUAAAAUGAACCCAUUACAAAUAUUCGACGCGUAUAACGGAUCCCAGAUGGCGUUCAAGCCUGCGAUUCCACCUCCCGCCUCCAACGUCGUGCGCAAAUCCGCGUCGACCCGAUCGCACGUAUGGACUCAACAGCAGUUUAAGGCGCACUGUGAAGAGAUAGAAGACAGCGUGGAAUUGACCAUACAAACGAUUACUUGA